AUGAAGCUCUCCAUCGCCGCCGUCUCUUCCUUCGUCGCCGCCACUCUGGCCGCCUCUCUCCCCGAGGCUUUCACCCUCGUUGCUGAGGGUGGAAAGACCGCCCUUACCGACGGAUCCCACGUCCUCAUCGGCGCCGACGCCAACGAGAACGCCAUCCUGGUCCUCAAGUCCGGCAACGGCGGCCAGGUCACCUACACUCGCGAGGGCUCCCCCCCUACCGGCUGGCAGAACCUUUACGUCAUUGAGGACGCCAUCAAGCCCGUCUCUCUGACCGUCCCUCACUCCGGCGCCACCCCCGACAAGGCCAACCUCACCGGCUUCGGCCAGUCCGAGGACGGCUACUUCACCUUCGGCGGUAAGCAGCUGUUCGGUGUCAGCCCCCAGAACCCCGAGCAGGUCUCCUACAUCGGUCUCGGCCACAGCAACUACGAAGUCACUCCCCUGUGGGUUAAGGAGUGCAAGGGCUGCUAA